AUGGUCUCCGCGCGUCCUGCGCUGCUCGCGCUUUGCUGCCUGCUGCCGCUGGCCGGCGGUCUCUCGUUCAGAGACCGGCUGGCGGAGAGCGUCAGCAGACUGUGGCGUCCGCGACCGCGCCAGGACCCGAGCCGCGGCCCCGACCGGGACGCCACGCUACGCUCAGUCAGCACGGAACCGCGCCGGCUGGACGGCGGCCUCGAGUUCACGCAGCGGCGUCGCUUCCUGCAGCCGCAGCAACAUUUCUCGGUGUACAACCGGGCCGGCAGUGUCGAGCGGGCUGCGCUCGACUGGAGGCGGGCGGCCCAGAGGCGCGAGGACGGUCGCGAGGAGCGCCUCUGGGAGCGCCGCUGGGAGGACCGCCACGAGCAGCAGCAUCAGGACGUACGCACCUCAUCAGCAGAGAACAGCGACAGGAACGCGCGAUUCCUGUCGCUGCUGACUCUGGUGAGAUUCGACCACUUCACCUGCAACGCCUCCACCGGCGAGAACGGCACCUGCUACACCGAGCGCGAGUGCAGCGGCAUGGGCGGCGUGGCCAGCGGCGCCUGUGCCGACGACUACGGCGUCUGCUGCGUCUUCACGAAGAGUUGCGGAGACCGCAUCAGCAUCAACAACACAUAUUUCGUCAACGAGGGCUACCCGGGGUCGUACGACGCCACCGGCUCCUGUCAGGUCACCAUCGACAAGGUGCACGACAACAUCUGCCAGUUCAGAUUGGACUUCGAUACCUUCUCUAUCGCCCAGCCAGAGCCGCUGAACAACAUCUGCAUGAACGACCAGUUUUCGGUGUCCGGCUCCACAUCCAUGCCACUGAUAUGCGGCUUCAGCACCGGCAACCACACGGAACCGGCCUGCCUGCAGUACCACACCGGCGUCCAGGGCGUCAUCAAGUCCUACAACUUCGACUUCAGCAACGGCGCCGAGCUGGCCAACCAAGACUACACUGCCUGCGUUAGGAUGGAGAGGAAUUUCUGUGGCAUACAGUACAGGCCAUGCCAGGACAUAGUGAACAACGCGUCGCAGGCGUUCUCGCUGGGCGGCGGAGCGUCGGAGGUGGGCUCGGUCACCGGCGACUCCUGUGACCGCGACUGGCUCUUCGUGCCCUGCCUCACAGAUAACGUGAACCAGCCGCUCACCAUCAUGUCGGACGGGAAUGUGUGCGUGGACCGCGUCUGCGGGGACCGCUUCAACUCGAUCCAGGCGGCGGACAGUGACGAUGUGUCGCUCUACAGCUUUGUGAAGCCGUUCCGGCUGACGUACCACACAGACUCGGAGGAGGCCGACUCUACUACCAGCGAGACAGACAACCGCGGCUUCUGUCUCGACUACGUGCAGCAGCCCUGCACCACCUAACGCCGACGCUGCGUACAGGCGUGCACCACCUGGUGCAAGCACCUGGUGCGAGCGGGCACCACCUAGGGAGGGUUCCGCGUGCACCACGUGGAGGCGUGCGUCACAUGCGCAGUGCAGUCAUGACG